AUACAACACCUCAAGAAUUUGAAGAAAUGAUGAAAAUAAAUUAUUUGGGAUGUGUCUACUGUACAAAAGCCAGUAUUGACUAUAUGUUGAAACAACGUUAUGGUCGAAUUGUUUUUGUAUCAUCACUUGCUGGGCAAGUUGGUUUAUUUGGUUAUACAAGUUACUGUUCAACAAAAUUUGCAUUAAAAGGCUUGGCUGAAGCAUUACAAAUGGAACUAGUUAAAUAUAAUAUUUAUAUAACAAUAGCUUAUCCGGCUGAUACUGAUACACCUGGUACAAUGGAAGAACUGAAUAAUAAAUUACGACCAGCAGAAACGCAAGCAAUAGAACAAACGGCAGGCUUGUAUACAUCAGAUGAAGUAGCUGAAAAAAUUAUUAAAUCAACGACGAAUGGUUCAUUUUCAUGUUCGUUUGGUGUUAUGGGAUAUAUAUCAACAUGUGUAACAUCAGGUGUAGGACCAAUAACAAGAAUAUUCGACGCUUUGCUUCAAACAUUAUUUAUUGGCAUAGCUAAACUAAUUGGUAUGAUAUUAUUGAAGUACUUUUAUACAGAUGUUAGAAAACGUCAUCGUCCAACAAAUUAA